CUUUUUUGGCUGACGCCAAACUGACGCGCCGGUCGACUCAACCACCGCUGGAUGCGCUCUCAAACCUUCAUACAGCGCUCUAGGUCAAUAUUGAAGACAGCCAGGGCCGCAGUCUCAAUCCGUGCUGCCGGGGCCAGUAGCGCAAGACCAACGAGACGAACUCCGCUCUCGAAGCCUUCGCCCUACAGUAAACGCCUAUCCUCUACAACCCCCGUCGUCUCCAGCGAAGCCAGUCCGGAGGAUGCACCGGAUGCCUCAGAACCGCCAUUAGCAUCCGAGCCUCCCUUGGAGCCACCAGAAGCUCCUGAGGAGCCCGAGAAGGCGAAACGUCGGACACGCACAGCGUCAGCUAGAGAGGCGGAGGCGCAGAUCGAUUUACCGGAAGGAUUGGGUUCUCAAAUCUUGUGGCAACCCGAUUCCGACCCAGGACAGUCGCAUCAGUCAGCACUCCCGCCACCUGAACUACUCGACGAGGCGCUGCAUAAUUUGCACAUAACUCUGCAUCCCCAGACCCAGCAUCGGGCAGCAUAUGCGUCGCCUCUCGGACCGCUUGUCGACCCGACGCUUGCGCUGUAUUGCCCCGUCGAGGGCGGAGAGUACGUUGUUGACGCAACGGUGCGUGAACUGGCGCGGAGGACGGGUGCCGAGGUUCUAGUUCUGGAUGCGGUACAAUUGGCUGCAGGGGAAUGGGGAGUGUUCGGCAAAGCUGCCAAUUCUUUGCAACUGACCCGGAACCCGUUGCACUUUCGAUCACCUACAAUAACAUCGAAGACAUUAGCGUCGGAAGAGGAUGAAGAAGACUCUGACUCCGGACCUUCUUUCAAUCCGACUCAAAUGCUGCUGACAGUGCUCAAUCCUCAAUCCGGGCGCAGUGUAGUCACGCCUUCACGUCGCAGUGGUCCGCCCAGCAAGAUACAAGUGUUUUUCGACACAAUUGUUAACUUGUCCUCAUCUGAGGAUGGGCCACCAAAACCGCGGCUGAUUUACAUCCGAGGCAGGUAUAUCUCCGGUUUGGAUCAUGGCACAACUCAUCUGUUCCCAGAUUUUACCACUUUGGCUCCGACAACCUCGGCAUGGUAUCCAUACUUGCUCUCGGCCGUCCGGGAACGGCGGAGGAGGACAUUGGCGCGCACAACCUCUCCGGUAACGCAUCCUGUGACUAUUGUCUUUGGAAUGACUCCUCCCCUGGUCCCACGAGCGUCUUCGGCGACCACCGUGCCCUCUCCGCAGCCCCCUCACCGCUCUGCGGGGUCGCGAGUGGCCGACUCGCACUGGAGCGAAGACGAUGCCAGCGACAAGGCACGGGAAAAACGCCUGCGCGAGCGUCUACGUCGGUGGGACAAAGAUGACGGGCUGCGGGAGGAUCUGUCGAAGUUUUCGGCCGUCUUGGAUAGCCGAUCAGGGCGUGAGCCUGCUGCUGGAAUCCUGAUCGUACGAGGCUCUCAAGGAUCGGUCAUCGCCCAACCCGGCGCAAAUGACGACAGAAGCGAAUCUGGUGCCGACACAGACUCGCUUUUCUUCCGGACAACCAUCAUUGUACCGGGUACGCGUUCGCCAGCAGAUGAACGCGUAUGCCGAGUGACAAGGCGGCGGGAGAUCAACGAGCUGACGAUGCGUAUGUCGAUUGGCGGGAUCGGAGGCCUGUUGGAAAACGGGAGUGUGAUUGCUUCGCAGGAUGAAAUGGCCGACGAUCUGCAUGGAAUGUGGGAAGACUGGGGCAAUCGCAUCGAAUUAUGGUCAACCGUGCGAUUGGUAGCCGACAACGCUCUCGGACACGUGGUUGCCACCACCUCACCAACCCCGUCUCUAGAUCCUACUCUCGUCAACUGGUCACAUGUUGGCAGCGCUUGGGCUGCCCAUCAACAACGACAGUCGCUUCGCAAAGCAUGGAUGAAGGAUGUGUCCAAGUCUGCCCAGCCUCUUGAAGAAGAAGCAGCAGAGAAUGAGACGGCCGAAGAGCAAGUUGUCGAUGAGCUGGUGGAGGCCUUGAAGAACGACGAGGACCUGGAGCCUCAUGAACAGCGGCUCGUUGCGUGUAUUGUGAAACCAAACACAAUGCCCACUGGUUUCGGCCAGGUGCACCUGCCUGCAGCUACAGUCGACGCCAUCCGGACGAUUGUCUCGUUGCCGUUGCUGCAUCCUGAAGCAUUCCAACAGGGCAUUCUCAAAGAGCAUGCUAUGACCGGCUGUCUGCUCUUCGGUCCCCCGGGUACCGGAAAGACACUGCUGGUCCGUGCUCUUGCGAAAGAGGCGGGAUGUCGCAUGAUGGCCAUCUCUCCUUCCGAUAUCAUGGAUAUGUAUGUCGGAGAGGGGGAGAAACUGGUCAAGGCGCUCUUCUCUAUCGCACGUAGAAUCGCUCCCUGUGUCAUCUUCCUGGAUGAGAUGGAUGCUCUGUUCUCCGCCCGAGUCUCUGCCAGAGAUCGGGGAGGAGGUGCCCUCGCCCACCGAGGGAUUCUGACUGAGUUCAUGCAGGAAAUGGAUGGACUGCGUUCGUCGAAGGAUGACAGCGUCAUCGUCAUCGGUGCGACAAAUCGGCCUUUUGAUCUAGACGACGCUGUUCUGAGGCGGCUGCCUCGCCGCUUGCUCAUCGAUCUCCCGGGUGAAGCCGAGCGAGCAAGCAUCCUUAAGAUUCUGUUGCGGGACGAGCAGUUGGACGCCGAUGUUGAUAUUCAAAGCAUUGCUAAGAAAACUGAGGCGUUCUCCGGUUCAGAUCUCAAACAUCUUUGUGUUGCGGCCGCUGUUGAUGCAGUGAAAGAGAAUCUGGUCUUGCCAUGGAAGGCGGCUACGACGGAUGACAUCAAGCAGCCUGCGUCUGACCAAUCUGGAUCCGAAGCGAGCUCGGCGGAGCACUCCGAAUCGGCCACUCCAGAAUCUGAAGGAGCACAGACCUCCGCUGAAGAGACGGUGCCCCCUCCAGACCAGGCCCCGCGAAUAUUGUAUCUCCGUCAUUUCACCAAAGCACUCGCCGAGAUCACCCCGUCGUCUUCGGAACAUCUGGGCAGUCUCGCUGAGCUGCGCAAGUGGAACGAAGAAUUCGGGCAGGGCCGGGACACCAAAAAGCGACAACAGCCGUUGUGGGGUAAGGGCCGAUUCGGCUUCGGGGACCCAAAAGCGAGUCCUCCUGCACCAGAAGAAGGGCGCGUUCUCCCAUUAGACACGGGUCGUUCAUAGCAUCAUUAAUAGACGGCAUACUAGACUAUUGACCAAUCUAUCUACUGAUUCGCUCGCGAUCGUCGUUUGCCUUUAGGUGUCUCUUGUUCGUCCUCCUCGACAUCCAUAGAAUCAUCAACUCGCCCCCUGCCCUGACGUUUUGGCUGACUAGAUUCUGCUGCAUCUUCCUCUGAGUCGUCCUCUUCGUCCUCGUCAUCUUCAUCGCUGUCCUCGACCGACUUUCUCACUCGUCUCUUCCCGUCGUCGCCGUCUCUGACAGCACCCUCUCCAACGGGAACCAUACUUUCGACAUCUGAGGGCCAGUCUUUGCCACACUUGGGACAGGUCCUCCGGGAAGACCUCUUGCCCAUACAGUGCCCAUGGAAGUGAGCAUCACAGUCUGCAGCAGGGCAGCCGACACCUUUGGUCACCAGCUAAGCCCGACGCUGGGUCUCGAACAGGUCAAGACCUCAUCCGCAUACGCCGCUCGAUAGACGCACCUGCUUCUCAGCAGCCAACCUUUGCCAACGAAGCUGGACAGAACAAUCUCCGCCUGUGUCUUGGUCAUAUUCGACUUGGGUUUGAGUGUGCUGACUUCGCGAAGAGCUGCCAUGGAUGAUAUGGAGAAGGAAUGCCGCGGCGCGAGUAUGAUUUGCUCAAUCUGUUCAUCCUCAGACACAUGUUGUGAAGAGACUGCUUUUGGAACUGACGAGCGCUUUGAAAAACGCGAUCUCGCCCGGCGUGUAGUCUGUAGCGAGCUGGGCGAUC